UAGAUCUAGGAAGGAGUCUCAAAGCGAGGAGGACAUGUACCGUGCUGCAGAUGAAAUAGAAAAGGAGAAAGAAUUGCUUAUACAUGAAAGAGGGGCAUCAGAACCCAGGCUGAGUGUGGCUCCCGAAAUGGAUAUAAUGGAUUACUGCAAAAAGGAGUGGAGGGGUCAUACGCAGAAAGCAACAUGUAUGAAAAAGGGCUAUGAAGAGGUCUCUCAGAAGUUCACCUCCAUCCGGCGAGUCCGCGGUGAUAACUACUGUGCACUGCGGGCCACGCUGUUCCAGGCCAUGAGCCAGCCCGUGGAGCUGCCCCUCUGGCUGCAGGACCCUGACCUCACACUGUUACCAGAAAAAUUGAUAAGCAGAUACAACUGGAUCAGACAGUGGAAACUGGGACUGAAACUCGAUGGGAGGAGCGAGGACCUGGUUGAGAAAAUUAAGGAGUCCCUCGCCCUGCUGAGGAAGAAGUGGGCAGGCCUGGCUGAGAUGAAAACUGCUGAGGAGAGGCAGAUGGCUUGUGAUGAACUGUUCACAAACGAGGAGGAGGAGUAUAGCCUCUAUGAAGCUGUAAAAUUUCUAAUGCUGAACAGAGCCAUUGAACUGUAUGAUGAUAAAGAGAAGGGAAAGGAAGUACCAUUUUUCUCUGUGCUCCUCUUUGCUCGGGACACAUCGAAUGAUCCUGGACAGCUUCUGAGGAACCACCUAAACCAGGUGGGACACACUGGAGGCCUUGAACAGGUGGAAAUGUUCCUCCUUGCCUAUGCUGUGCGCCACACCAUCCAGGUAUACCGGCUGUCCAAGUACAACACCGAGGAGUUUGUCACAGUCUACCCCACCGACCCGCCUGAGGACUGGCCGGUGGUGACCCUCAUCGCUGAGGACGACCGGCACUACAACGUCCCCGUGCGGGUGUGUGAGGAGACCAGCCUGUGACUCGGCCGGCAGGCUAGUGACUCGGCAGAGCGGCACGCAGCUCCUGGCUGGGCCUCAGGCCGCAAGUCUCUAAGAACCGCCUGUGGGAACCCUGGGCAGGGAGCAAGCCGGACUGGAGUGUUCUGAAGAGUAGCUUUUGACAGCAAGCGGUAGCCAUGUCUGUGCCUCAUCCGUGACCCAGUACGUUUCAGUGAGGGCCUCUGGGAGUACUUGCUGGAAGGUGCAAGCUACAGCCCCAUCCCCAAAGGCAAUUAGUUUUGUAUCAGAGGAACCUCAUUUUGGAGAGGAAUAUGUUAAUGUUUCAAACCAAAAUUCUCUCUAAUGAUAAACUGGCUUUUUCUAAAGACUCUAUUUCUCUUUGGUGGUGGUAAUGGCUCUCUGUAGUGACCUUCUGUGUGAUCUGCUGAGGUCGUUAGUCAUAAUACCCUUUGAUAGCCUUGUCUUCUUCUGAAAAGAUGAACAGUAGUUUGGAUUUACAUUAAUUAACUUCUAUUUAAAGCAGAUUGCCUCAUAGAAGAUUAAUUGGGUCCAAAAAUGGGAUUGUUCGAAGAAUUUCUUUUUUUGGUGGUAUUGGGGAUUGAACCUAGAACCUUUAUACUGAUCUACAUCCC